AUGGGGCGUGAGCCUACAUGCACAGUUACAGACCAGGAGCUUGCUAUGAGAAAAGCUAUGCCACAAGUUAUGGAGCAUACACAACACAGAUUUUGCAUGUGGCAUAUAAUGACAAAGGUCGUUGAGAAAGUUGGGCCAGUACUCACCAAGGAUCAUGAGUUCCUGCGUAGUUUGAAUGCGGUUGUAUGGGAUGAACGCAUAACAAGUGAGCAGUUUGAGCUUCGGUGGCAUGCUGUUAUGGAACGAUUCGGGCUUCUAAACCAUGUUUGGUUUAACCAACUGUUUGAAUUGCGCUCAAUGUGGAUCCCUGCUUUUUUCUGGGAUGUAUGUAUGGGAGGUUUGUUGCGCACCACUUCUCGGUCUGAAGCCAUCAACAGUGUUUUUGGGAGUUGCACCAACCAGCACUCUAGUUUGGUUGAGUUUUUAUGCCAUUAUGACGGUGCAAUGGACGCGCAACGUUAUGAGCAAGCGAAGCUAAACACGACAUGUGAAGGCAACCUGCCUCAGAUGAUAACACCCUUGCCAAUAGAGCGACACGUCGUUGCCAUAUAUACGAUACAAGUGUUUUAUGAGAUUCAAAAUGAGAUUAGUCGCGCUUGUUUUUCUUGUCGUGUGAUGAGCGUCGACCGUUCUGUGGUAGUUUGCCAGUAUGUUAUACAGGACGUUUGCGGUAAUGAGUCCCAGGUGGAGUACAAUAGUGCCGAGACUACUAUCAAGUGCACGUGUAAAAUGUUUGAAAAGGUAGGGCUUCUGUGCAGACACGGUUUUGUUGCUUUGAAAGAUGCUGGCAUGGAAGUAAUCCCCUCAACGUACGUGCUUGGACGUUGGACAGGCGCUGCUUGUGUGCAUCCGAUACGCGGAGAUGUUAAUCAGGGUAACAAUGGCGUCAAUAGCCAUAUGGCCCCGUAUCACAAAUUGUGGGUGGAUUUCCACGCCUGUCUAGCCCUAGCAGGUGAGGACCGGGACCGGAUGGUAAUUGUUGGUAAUGCAGUACAGUCAUUAAAAGAGACUUUGAGUGUGGAAGUUAAUAGUGCCCCCGUGCGUCGUGGAAAGCGUUCAGUUAUUGAGAACUUUUGUGGUAGUGGGGUGGCAGAACCCGUAGUCAUCCAUUCCCCAGUGGUAGCCCGUAACAAGGGUUGA